GCGCGAUCUAAUGACGUCAUCCGUCGCGGACUGGGCAGUGUUGGUUGUAGUGUUUAAGGCCUCUAUGGAGCUAAGUGUCGAAUAAACGUUCUAAAUCAGGCAACGACUGGGAGAGAAGGGGGUACACGCGGCGGGUCACCCCGCCCUAAAGAAUCGCACAAAGGGGGCGAGCUAGAGAGUGUGUUGGGGUCACACAGACCAGGAGUUGGGCUCAUCAUACAAUGACAUCCAGGAGGUGGUUUCACCCAAAUAUCACUGGUGUUGAAGCAGAAAAUUUACUUCUGACCAGAGGAGUGGAUGGCAGUUUCCUGGCUCGUCCCAGUAAGAGCAAUCCAGGAGAUUUCACAUUGUCUGUGAGGCGGAACGGAGCUGUGACACACAUUAAAAUCCAGAAUACUGGGGAUUACUAUGAUUUGUAUGGAGGGGAAAAGUUUGCAACAUUGGCUGAACUUGUUCAGUAUUAUAUGGAACACCAUGGGCAACUGAAAGAAAAGAAUGGUGAUGUAAUUGAACUGAAAUAUCCACUAAACUGUGCAGACCCAACUUCUGAGAGGUGGUUCCAUGGGCAUCUCUCAGGGAAGGAAGCAGAGAAGCUGUUGACAGAAAAAGGUAAACAUGGAAGCUUUCUGGUGCGGGAAAGCCAAAGCCACCCUGGAGAUUUUGUCCUUUCUGUACGGACAGGUGAUGAUAAAACUGAAAGCAAUGAUGGAAAGUCCAAGGUGACACACGUCAUGAUACGAUGCCAGGACAUCAAAUAUGACGUUGGAGGGGGAGAGAAAUUUGACUCUCUGACAGAUCUCGUGGAACAUUAUAAAAAGAAUCCUAUGGUUGAGACUUUAGGAACUGUACUGCAGCUGAAACAGCCACUGAACACAACCCGGAUUAAUGCUGCAGAAAUUGAAAUCCGUGUAAAGGAACUUAGCAAGCCAGCUGAGACUGCAGAUAAAUUCAAGCAAGGUUUCUGGGAAGAAUUUGAGACUCUACAACAGCAAGAAUGCAAACUGCUGUACAGCAGGAAAGAGGGACAAAGACCAGAGAAUAAAAAUAAGAACCGAUACAAGAAUAUAUUACCUUUUGAUCACACAAGGGUCGAGCUUCAUGAUGGGGACCCCAAUGAACAGGUCUCUGAUUACAUCAAUGCCAACAUUAUUAUGCCUGAAUUUGAAAUAAAAUGCAUCAAUCCCAAACCCAAGAAACGCUACAUUGCUACACAAGGCUGCCUACAAAACACAGUGAAUGAUUUCUGGAGAAUGGUGUUUCAAGAAAAUUCCAGAGUUAUUGUCAUGACCACAAAGGAAGUUGAAAGAGGAAAGAGUAAAUGUGUGAAGUACUGGCCAGAUGAGUUUGCUUUAAAGGAAUAUGGGGUUAUGCGUGUAAGGAAUGUUAAAGAAACUCCAGCUCAUGACUAUAUACUAAGGGAGCUUAAGCUUUCCAAAGUUGGGCAAGGGAACACAGAAAGGGCAGUAUGGCAGUACCAUUUUAAAACAUGGCCAGAUCAUGGUGUUCCAGCUGACCCUGGUGGAGUCUUGGACUUUUUAGAGGAAGUACACCACAAACAAGAUGGUAUCACAGAUGCUGGGCCUGUUGUUGUUCAUUGCAGUGCUGGAAUUGGACGGACAGGAACCUUUAUUGUGAUUGAUAUUCUUAUUGAUGUAAUCAGAGAGAAAGGUGUUGACUGUGACAUAGAUGUCCCCAAAACUAUUCAGAUGGUGAGAUCUCAGAGGUCAGGAAUGGUUCAAACAGAAGCACAAUACAGAUUUAUAUACAUGGCAGUACAGCAUUAUAUAGAAACAUUGCAGCGCAGAAUUGAAGAAGAACAGAAAAGUAAGAGAAAAGGGCACGAGUACACAAACAUUAAAUACUCCCUCUCUGAGCAGGGAGAUCAGAGCCCUCUACCCCCUUGUACACCAACCCCAUUACCAACACCUACGCUUCCAGAGAUGAGAGAAGAUGCUGGCAGAGUAUAUGAAAAUGUCGGACUCUUGCAACAGCAGAAAAGCUUCAGAUGAAGAACAUCGCUGUGACUGACUUGAAAACUGAGCAAAAGGCAAGAGAAUGUGAAGAAAAGCUGGGAAUGAUCACAUCUGACUUUUAAAGGCUUAUUUCCUUUUAAAUAAAUGGUGUCAACUCCCAAAACUACAAAUAUAUUUAGGCUCAAUCUGGAAAUCCUUCUUGUCUUCUCUGCAUAACCCGACAUGGACUGGUUCAUUCUUCACAUUGAGGCAUCUUCAUCUCUACAGUGUAGACAUGUAAUUUGUAGUCCAUCAACAGGACUGUUAUCCAGAAAAAUCUGUUCUCUUUAGAGUGCUCCUUCAUAAGGUAUUGUGAAUGCUAUAGGUGGGCCUUAACUGGUUGGUGUAGAUGGUAAAUGCAUAAUGGGAACAAUUUCCUCUUUCCACUGCAAAAUGUUUUCAAAACAACUCAAUGUGAUAAGACUUUGUUGUUGAAACUCCAGUUUCUUUUCAUUAGAUGUGUCAGAGGGAAAAUGUUCUCAAAUAGUAAUAUAAACACUUCUAUCAAUUUC